AUGCAGUUUCAAGACCGCGAGCACGUCGAGCACACGCUCCUGGUCUCGCUCGUGCAGCGCCUCGACGUCGCGGAUGCCGCCACGCGCCACGCACGCGUCGCCGAGCUCUACGCGGCCGUGACGUCGCUCCACCGGCAGCUGUCGGCCGAGCGGUUCGCCAAAGCGCUGGGCCAAGUGACGCCGCAGCUCUACAACUUGCUGCAGAAAGGCGCGUCUGAGAGUGCGCAUUUGGGCGCACUGCUGGCGAUCGAGCGCCUGCUCGACGUCUCGAACGAAGACCAGUUCAUCCGCUUUGUCAACUACCUGCGCUACUUUGUCCAGCAGCCCCAGACGAGCAGCACAGCGCUUUUGGCCGCCGCGUCGGCCAUGGGCCACUUGGCCGCGUCGCGCGUCAGCGGCACACUCGUGGCGAGUUUCGUCGACUUUGAAGCCAAGCGCGCGUUCGAGUGGCUGCAGGAAGCGCCGGGCGGGGCGCACGCGGCGCGGAACGAAGCGCUCGUGAGUCAACGGCGUUUGGCCGCGUGCUUCAUCCUGCGCGAACUCGCACAGGCGGCGCCGACGCUGUUCCACGUGAACCUGACGCUGUUUUUCCAGAGCAUUUGGGGCGCCGUGCGCGACGCGCGCGUCGAGAUCCGCGAAGCUGCAACCAGUGCGUUGGCCGCGUGUUUGCAGCUGAUCACGAGGCGCCAGACGCGCCACCGCGUGCAGUGGUACUGCAAAGUGUACGACCAAGUGGUCAAGGGCCUGGCCGUGCGGCCGCGGUCGAAAGCCAGUGCGGGCGCGUUGCUGGCGAGCCCCACGACCGACCAGACGGUGCUGGCGACGUGGGAGUGCGCGCACGGCUCGCUGCUGGUGAUUGGCGAGCUGAUUGCCAACACGGGGCGGUUCAUGGUCCCGAGGUUCCGUGAAGUGUGCGACACGGUGCUCAAGUACAAGGACGCGAAAGAGCGGCUGGUGAACCGCGCAGUCUCGAGGCUCUUGCCGCAGCUGGCCGAGUUUUGUCCCGGCGCGUUUGUCCAGUACUACCUCGACGUCUGCGUCGCGCACUUGACCAAGAAGAUCCUCGAGUACUCGGCGCCAGCGUCCGAGCGCGGCGUGUCGUUCCUGGCGAUGGGGCGACUGGCGUUGGCGGUCGGCGACGCGCUGCUGCCGCACCUGCCGCCAAUUCUGAAACUCGUGCGGGAGUCGCUGGCACCGCACACUGGCAGCAAACGCAAGCGCACGCGGAACAAGUGGUUUUGUGUGCAGACGCUCACGUGCGUGGCGAACAUGUCGCGCGCGCUGGGAUCGCGGUUUGAGCCGUUUUUGUUUCAGUAUGGAGUGCUGGAGACCAUGAUGCUCGGGGGCCUUAGCGACGACCUGAUUGACUCGUUGGCUGAAGUGGUCGCUAGUGUCCCGAGCGCGCUUCCCUAUGUACAAGAGCGCUUGCUGAAUGAGAUUUCGAUCAUCUUGCGUGGCACGCCGUUUUCGCUUGGGAGCAGUGGUGCGACUUAUCCGACGUGUAGUAGUGGUGCAACAGGCAGUUUCUCGAACGGAGACGGGAGUGAAUUGGCGCUGGACGCCUCAUAUUACGACACUCCCAGCGAAGCUCCGCCUGUAAAGCAGACGGCGGUACAAGCGCUGCUGUCUUCGGUGAAGCGAGGCUUUUCGAGCGUCGAAGACGAUCCAACGAGUACGAAUAGCUCGCUGAUGAUCAAGGGCGAGACGGGUGACGAGAUUGAUACGAUUUUGUUGUCCUUGCGCACGCUGAGCUGUUUCGAUUUCAGUGGCAGCUUCUGCCUCCUGCCGUUCGUGCGUGAUUGUGUAGCUCUGUACCUGAAAAACCCCGAUGCACGGAUUCGAAAACAAGCGGUCAUCACAUGCAGCAAGCUACUGCUUCCGUCGCCUGAAUCCCCAGACACCGCGUUAAUGUCUUCGUGGAGGCACGUGAAAAAGCGUGGACUUAGUGGACGCGUGAUUGAUCAUGUGCUGACGCAGUUGCUGCAAGUCGGUAUUUCCGACAUGGAUGCGGCUGUACGAAAGAGUGUUGUCGAAUCGUUGGAUGCGCGUUUUGAUGAGCUGCUAAGUCAAGAGUCACAUUUGAAACUGGUGUUUCUACUGCUGAAUGACGAGAACGCCAAGAUUCGCGAAUGUGCGAUGCAAUUGCUGGAACGCUUAGCACCACGAAAUCCUGCUUUCACGAUGCCGUCACUACGCCGCUUGGUAAUUCAGUUGGUCACGGAACUACAGCACACUUCGGAUCUUCGAAUGCGCGAAGACAGUACCCGACUUUUAGGACACCUCAUUCGUAGUGCUCAGCAUCUGGUAGACCCGUACGUCGUACGAAUCCUGGAAGUGCUUCUGCCCAUACUCGUCCGCGGCAACGCUUCGUUGACGGUGGCAGUGCUGAUCACUCUGGGUGAGUUGGCGCUAGUUUCACGCACUCAGAUAGCUGCGUACGAACGCUAUCUCUUUCCGCUUAUCAUUCACACACUCCAAGAUCACUCGUCGAUGGAGAAGCGGCAAGUGGCGUUGCAGACGUUGGGCCAGCUGGCGGGCAGUACAGGGUGUGUAGUUCGCCCGUAUUUGGCGUCACCGAAGUUGUUAGAGAUCUUUUUGAGUCUCUUGCAUCACAAUGUGGGCAGUCCGUGGUCACUGAGACGCGAGGCGAUGAGAACUAUCGGUAUCCUUGGUGCUCUGGAUCCGUACAAAUACAAGCUGUGCAUUUCACGAGCAUCAUUACGGCAAGCCAACGAAGUUGCGUCAACAGCCGAUACGUCAACGGCUGCAGGCAAAGAUGAGAAAGAGGUUGACAAAGCUACACUUAGCGUCUCCAACUCGAUAAGUGAUACGCGGAUGUCGCAGUAUCCGACACUAAAUAUUGACCAAAAGGCGUUGGGUGUGACGAUCGACCUCGCAAGCUUUGACCGCAAGGCAACAAGCGACGCACUGAACGAGAAACAGCAAGCCGAGUUGCAAUUGUUCACUGCCGCACCAAUUGGCACUCGAAAAAUUGAUGCUGGCGCUGCCACUGGAACGCUGGGCAUUGAUUUGCAGUCUAGUUACCCCGCAAACGGCAUUGUUGCGGCAUCCGAUGGACCCCCAUCGUCGUCGCUGUCGUCAUCUUCUCGUAAGAAACGACAAGUGGUUUCUAUCGGUAUGAGCCGAAGUGACGACGCAUUCGAUUUCGAGAGCUCGCUGAUGGACAACGAAUUGGAGCUUGAUCCAACAGAGCUGUCCCCGGCGUCGGAGGCGUACUUUCCGACGGUGGCGAUCCACGCGCUUUUGCACAUUUUGCGCGAGCCGUCGCUCAAUGCACAUCAUCACGGUGUCAUCCAGGCUAUAAUGUUCAUUUUCAAGAGCCUCAGCACGCAGUGUGUGUCCUUCCUCAAGCACAUUUUGCCUCCUUUUCUGCGAGUUUUGGCACGAGGAGAGCCGCGUCUGCGCGAGUCGCUCUUCUUGCAGCUGACCACGCUUAUUUCCAUCGUAAACGCACACAUGAAGCCAUUUUUCCCACCGAUAAUGGCGCUCGCGCUGCGUUUUUGGGGGUCACAUUUGCCACAGAUUGUGCGUCUUGUGGAAGAGAUUUCGCAGGCCGCGCCGCACGAGUUCCACACGCAGUAUUUUCCGAAGGUGUUGCCCAAGCUGCUCGAAGUUUUGCAGCCACAUUUUGGGAUAGGCGGUGGCGCUACUGAUGGCAAUCUGUCCGGAGCAGCCGCGGGAGGUGGUGGUACAACCACUCUUGCUCCGAGUUUCGGUGGAGACUGUGCAGGUGCGGUCGGAGGAGGCGGUGGCGAUAACCAUGCACAGGGACGCAACAAUACAUCGGGCGGAAGUAGUGAUCAUACGUCUAGUACGUAUGAUAUCGUACAAAACGGUGGUGGGGAUGGCAGCGUUGUGGCGGCGAUCCAGGUACAAGUGGUUCAGUCGCUGAUUGUGUUUGGAGAUGCCGUGAAUGAUUAUGUCUACCUGCUCGUCCCUGCGCUUGUGCAUCUGAUGGAAAGUUUGGACACUCCUCUCGAAGUCAAGAUCACCACCAUCUAUGCGCUAGCGCGAAUAAGUGUGGUUGCCAGUUUCGAGCAAUAUGCCGGUCCACGGUUGCUUCAGCCCCUCGCACGGGUAGCUUCGCAAAUCUCAGCCAAGGGUCCAUUCUUCUUCAGUCGCUCAAGCAGCAGUGUCAGCAGCAGCGGCGGGAGUGGUGGAAUCACUGUGUUGACAUCGUCUGGCGCACCAAGUGGUGCGGGGGCAGCUCAUAUUGCUACCACAAAGACAGAAGCAACGCGCUUUUCGGAAGUCAUGCUGUACGCAUUAGGUGCUCUGGUGUUCCAGCUGCAAGGAGAGAUAUUGAGCUAUGAGCCGUUGCUGCAGCAGAUCAUCGCGUCGUUGCCGUUCUCCCACCACGGCAAUCUUACUGCAGCGACCAAUAUUCCAGAAAGCAACAGCUCUACUUCGCCUCCUCAAGCUAUGGUGCAACGGAUUUCUCAGGCGCUCGAGCAUGUGCGCCACGGCUUGCGUGUUCCGCUUUCGUUUCUCGACGAUCGUGUGUUCAUGACACCAACCCUGCGCAAGUUCUCGACCGAGUUGCAAGCUCAGUCGGCAGCUUCAAUGACCCCAGCGGCGUCUUUGCCAACGAAUGUGCGAUUGCAUGUGAACCAGCAGAAUUUGCAGCGAGCUUGGGAGGCGUCCCAGCGGAGCACGAAGGAGGACUGGCUGGAAUGGAUGCGCCGUUUCUCUAUUGAGUUGCUCCGCGAGUCGCCUAGUGCUGCUUUGCGCUCAUGCUGUGCCUUAGCUCAGGCGUAUAACCCGUUGGCGCGUGCACUGUUCAAUCCGGCGUUUGUUUCGUGUUGGAAUGAGCUAUACGAACAGUACCAAGAUUAUCUUGUCCGUGCACUCGAGACUGCAUUCCAGAGCGAUACGAUUCCUGCCGAGAUAUUGCAGACACUGCUUAAUCUCGCGGAGUUUAUGGAGCAUGACGUGGAGGCAUUGCCGAUCGACAUCCGCGAGUUGGGUGAGCUGGCACAAAAGUGCCACGUGUAUGCCAAGGCGUUGCACUACAAAGAGCUCGAGUUUCACACAUCGCCUAGCACGUGUAUCGAGGCGCUUAUAUCGAUCAACAAUCAGUUGGGCCAACCAGAGGCUGCUGUCGGAAUCCUAAAGUAUGCACAGGCACAUCACAGUCGUGUUAUCCAGGUGAAGGAGACAUGGUUCGAAAAGCUGCAAGAUUGGCGCGCAGCCCUUGCCCUGUACAAUCGACGCCUGCAGUGUGCACAGGAGCAUGGCGAAAAUGAGCAAGGACUGGACAUUGAAGUUUGCAUUGGAAAAAUGCGGUGUUUGGAGGCAUUGGGGGAGUGGGAAGAGCUGAGCGCACUAGCUGCUCGGGUGUGGAGUUUUUUGCGCUCGCCCGAACGAACCUCCGCUAAAACGAGCGCCGCUUCUUCUCGCGGUCGUCUGCUGUCUGCCGGCUUGGCACCUUCGAGUGCGUCCGGCGGUGGUUCUGGCGCAAGUGAUUUCGCGCCCAUGCGCAGGGCCAGUAGUAGCAGCCACGGUUCGUCCUCGUGUUUGGCAGCAGCUGGGGGUCCCCCGUCAGCGUCUUCUCAUCAAUCAGGCGAUGAUUACUGCGAUGAGGCUACUGCGCUGAAACGGGUGGCGAUGCUCGGCGCUCGAGCGAGUUGGUGCUUGUCACAAUGGGAUAGCAUGACACAAUAUGUGACGGAGUGCGCAGCACAGAAUGACUCGACUAGUGCAUUCAUUUUUAAAACGGCCAGUGGCACUGUGCACGGCAAUGGCUAUGGACACACUCAUGGGUAUGGAAUUUUCGGUGCUGAUGAGGAUGUAACUGAACUCUCGCUGUAUCAAUCGAUUCUGGCGGUGCACCAGGGCAAUUUCGUAAGAGCAGAAGCACUGAUUGACGCGACGCGGAAAACCCUCGACACCAAACUUGGCGCACUCGUCGGCAAAUCGUACAGUCGUGCAUAUCGCAGUAUGGUGACUUUGCAGCAGCUCAGUGAGCUGGAGGAAGUGGUCACGUACAAGAAGCUGCGGGCCCACGUGUCAAAAAGCGAAGAAGCUGCACGCUACAAAUUACACUUGAUGCGUAUGUGGCGCGAUCGUCUAUCAGGCUGCAAGCGCAUCGUGGAAGUGUGGCAACAAAUGAUCGCAGUCCGUGCGUUGAUCUUGGCACCGCAUGAAGAUAUCGAUACGUAUCUCCAAUUUGCUAGUCUUUGCCGUCAGUCUGGAAAUCUUUCGUUGUCUCUGAAGGUGUUCACGAACGCGCUGCAUGUUUAUGGCGGUGCUGGGUCUAGUAACACUGGAAUAUCGGAGAUGUUGAGAAUGACACCGUCAAGCUCGGGACCUGUUUCUACUUUCGGCUUUGGUGAGAAAGACCGCAAUCGAGUUGCAUUCGCGUACCUCAAGCAUCUAUGGGCUGCAGGACAGAAGCAAGAAGCGCUUUCGGACUUGCACCAUUUAGUCGCCCGUAUUUCAGCCACGGCCCGGCAGCGUUUCCAGGCUACAGGUGGAAUGGGUAGUGUGCCUUCUGCUGCACCGGCUACGGUACCCUCGAGAAGUGAAGGCGAGGAGCUCCUGGUUAAGUGCCACUUGAAAAUGGCCGAGUGGCAGCUUGCCAUCCACGACCAGCAAAUCGAGCAUGUACCCGUGGAAAUUGUGUUGUCUUCAUUGCGUCUGUGCACGGAGCUAGACACGCGUAACUACAAAGCGUGGCAUGCGUGGGCAUUGAUGAACUUCCAAGUGGUAGAGCACUCGACGCACAGCCAGCACAUUUCAGCUAAUGCGACGGCGUCUGCGGUCACGGCGUCUGCGUCUGUAGCUCCAUACAUUGCUCCAGCAAUUGAGGGCUUUUUCCGGUCGGUUGCGCUCGGUCGCAGUCGUUGGGCUGCUAACGUGCAACAAGACAUUCUGCGCGUGCUAACGCUCUGGUUUGCGCAUGGCCAUCGCGCUGAUGUACACGGUGCCUUGGAGAAGGGCUUCCGGUCCGUGAGUAUCGAAACGUGGCUAAUUGUGAUCCCGCAGCUGAUCGCGCGCAUUCACACUCCCUCCCCGCGUAUCCAGAACCAGCUGCAUCGUUUGCUGGUGGCGGUGGGCAAGCAGCAUCCGCACGCACUCAUCUACCCCUUGUCUGUGGCACUGAAGUCGUCAGUGACCGAGCGCCAGCAAGCUGCCGAAGCCAUCAUGAGCACGAUGCGUACGAACUACGUAGAGCUCGUCGACGAGGCAUUGCUAGUGAGUCGGGAACUCAUUCGCGUUGCUAUUCUGUGGCACGAAAUGUGGCAUGAGGGUCUAGAGGAGGCGUCGCGGUUGUACUUUGGGGAGCACAAUGUGGAUGGCAUGGCCGAGGUGCUGCGGCCGCUACACGCCAUGAUGGAACGUGGUCCGGAGACGCUCCGCGAGGCAAGUUUUCACGGAGCAUUUGGCCGAGAUUUGCGCGAAGCCAACGAAUGGCUACAGCGGUUCUUGAGCAACCGACGCAACGAAUCGGACUUGAACCGCGCGUGGGAUCUUUAUUACCACGUGUUUCGUCGCAUCAACAAGCAGCUUCCGCAGGUCACGACUUUGGAACUACAGGUAGUUUCGCCGAAUCUGCUGUCUGCAAGGAAUCUACAGCUGGCUGUGCCAGGCACAUACCGUGCUGGCCACUCGAUUGUGAAGAUUGGUAGUUUUUUGCCAACCGUGGCGGUGAUCACGAGUAAGCAGCGACCUCGACGAAUCACGAUCGUCGGCUCGAAUGGACUGGAGUACAUGUUCUUGCUAAAGGGCCACGAGGACCUGCGUCAAGACGAACGCGUGACACAACUUUUCGGUUUGGUGAACGCGUUGCUGGUGAAUGACCGAAACACGUCAAAGAAAGAUCUGAAGAUCCAUCGUUAUCCCGUUAUCCCGCUGUCUGACAAUGCUGGUAUCGUGGGCUGGGUACCGCAUUGCGACACACUUCACCAAUUGAUCCGUGACUACCGUGAAGCCCGCAAGAUCCUGCUGAACAUCGAGCAUCGAUUGAUGCUGCAAAUGGCACCAGACUACGAUGCCCUGACGCUGCUCGAAAAGGUGGAGGUGUUUCAAUAUGCGCUGGAGAACACGGCCGGUCAGGACCUGUACAAAGUGCUGUGGCUGAAGUCGGAAAACUCAGAAGUGUGGCUAGACCGGCGCACGAACUACACACGUUCGCUUGCCGUCAUGUCGAUGGUGGGCUACAUUCUUGGCCUCGGCGAUCGCCACCCAAGCAAUCUAAUGCUGCACCGCUUUACAGGAACGAUAGUCCACAUUGACUUCGGUGAUUGCUUCGAGGUCGCGAUGGACCGUGAGAAGUAUCCUGAGAAGAUUCCGUUUCGUCUGACGCGAAUGCUGACGAAUGCAAUGGAGGUGAGUGGAAUCGAAGGCAACUUCCGCUUCUCGUGCGAAAGCGUGAUGGCAGUGCUGCGCGAGAACCGUCAUAGUCUGAUGGCUAUGCUGGAGGCUUUCGUGCACGACCCACUUAUCAACUGGCGUCUGCUUUCGGCGUCAAAUAUGCUGUCGUCGAGUCAUGUCAGCAGCUCGGUCGCGUCUAGCUUUGUGUCGUCGUCGAUCAUGUCGAGCAUGAGCAGCGAAAGUGAUGGCGGCAUGUACGAGCCAUCAGAAGCCUCCUCCCACGGUCCAUCCGACGUUUCUUCGCACGAGUCAAGCGAAAUGUCGUCGCACGAUCGCGGUGAGGAAAAGGCCCGUCACCGACGCAGCGAGAGCAUUUCGAUCCCGGACCCCACACCUGCAUCGACGGCCGCGCUGCUAGACGAUGAUGAUAAGCCUCGACCAACGUCCAGUCGGGUGCAAUGUACUCAGAAGGUGUCUACGCUCGAUGUCAAGGAAACGCUGGACACAAACGAAACGUGUAUAGCAGUGAAGGACGAGACGACUGCUGAAAAGGGAGGCGAGGCAGACGAGAGUGAUGGCGAAUCAAGCGAUGACAGCAGUGUGUUGGUCCCUCAGCGGCAGCUUCCUCCGCACAGCAGGCCCCCAAGGCCCCACCCAGGCGGCGCCAGUCCGACCGAUGUGCGUCAGUCUCCUCCACGACCGGACGCGAAAGCAGUGGAGACGCUUCCGCCCCCGCUACCGUCGUCAUUGUCGUCGCGACCAAUGAGUCUUAGCAAGUCCAUUCCGCUUCCGGUGCGCAAGCUUCCGCCUCGUGCGCCAGCGGUGACUCGAGUGCGCGAGGACGCUAUCGAUGAGAACGAAGAGUUCAGUGUCGUCGAAAAGAUCGACUACUCGACAACGAAUCUAAACGUAGAGAUUUCGUCGCUAGCGGCCAGCGUCUCCAGCGUCGGCCACUCCAGUCUGAGCCGAAGCUUCUCCGUCACGCACGCUCAAAUCCAAGCGCAGUCCCGUGCAACUGAGCAGCAGGCACGACAGCAGCAGCAGCAGCGGCAACAACAAGGGAGUUGCCAACCAGCUCGACCCGAGCCUGAACGCCAGUCGGUUGCGCCCGGCACCCCAGCAGGUCCGCCUCCGCGGACCAUUCCAGCCGCGUCAACUUCGUUCGUGUCCGUGACAGCAGCUGCACAAAUUCCACCGGCGUCGGAUGCAGUGCCACCGUCGAUGAUGAACGACUUGCACGCCAGCCGCAGCAUCCGCGAACGCGAGCUGCUAAACGCUGUUGGCCCCGAGGGCAUUGCGGCGCCUCGCGUGGCAUUGAACGAGAAGGCGGUGGCUGUCAUUCGCCGCGUGCAGGCAAAGCUUUCGGGUCGCGACUUUGAGGGCGACGGCGGCGAGCCGCUGGACGUCAGUGCGCAGGUGCAGCGGCUCAUCUCCCAGGCUACGUCGCACGAGAACCUCUGUCAGUGCUACAUCGGCUGGUGUCCAUUUUGGUGA